GCGACACCCAGUCAGGGUCCGUGCUGAGGUCUUAUCAUGAUACGUGGUGUCACACUGUGUCACGUAGUCACGUAAUAAUGGAGCAGGUGGUGACUGGCUGUGUACCCCAUGAGACUUUUUAUGUGUUUUUUAAUCGUUGCUGUUGGCGAUAAGGUUUGAUUUUGUGGUUGGACACGAGCUGUUGUGAGCGUGGACCGUCUAAGGAUCCCCAGCUUAGUCUGUGUCUGAACUCUUCACUAUACUUAAAAACGGUCAUAAACCUCACAGGGUACACAGGGUACACAAGGACUUGGAGUCAGCAAAGCACUAAAGAAGGCGGAUGUUUGUAAAGUAUUGAGCAAGUAACGAAGCUCAAGAGUCAGUGGGUGACUUUCAAAGACCAAGCGCAUCCUGUUUAUAUCGAGCUUACCACCCAGAGAUGGACCGGUCAAGCUGAUGAUGCUGGGGAGGUAGUCCUUGCACAUUAGCACUUCAGGAUGAACUGAAGCAACAGUUUCAUUAUCAAGUCCCUCGUCUUGGUGUGUGGAACUCAGGGAAACAGGUGCCUUCGGGAAACUACUCAUCGUUGCUCAUACUCAUCAACAUGCCAUUGAAUCCAGUUGAAGUUCUGAGUAUAUGACAUGAAUAGCUCUGAGAUGUACAUUUGAUACAUUUGAAAGUCUUAGUGCUAACACUUCUGUCUGUGGAUAUGUGGAGAAAAUAUCAAAGCUUAUUAUCAUAAGAGGAUCUAAGAUCUGGUCUGGAGAUGAAAGGAAAACAGUAAAAUUACCUGCAAGAGAAGAUGGCAGACAACACGGACUCGACAUUUUCUUUUAGCACUACUAAUUACACGAAUUUCAACGGAAGUGACACAACAGAACAUGUCACACCGAACUUCACAGCACAACCGUCGACGAAGGCCAGUCCAGGUGGCGUCAGUGGUGGUGUUGUGGCCGUUAUCAUCCUCCUCUUUGUCAUCGGUAUCGCCUGUCUGCUCCUCAUCCUCUAUCUUCGGCGUUCUGGAAAGCUCCAGAGGUUUAUUCUCCUGAAAGGAAGCUUGAGAGCACGGCGGGAUUCCAGCUCUAGCAGCAGACGACCUCUUGAACCCGACGACAUCGACCACGAGCGGGAUGGCGACAACGUGGACAUGCCCAAACCACGUGACGGCGAGAUGUUCACCAUCGAGGACUUCGAGACAGACCUCGGCGACACGGACAGGCAGUCCCGCGGCACGAACGAUGAGUAUUUCUACGACGAGGUCUUCGGCAAAUCGGUCUUCGAGGACGAAACGACGAAGGCGUCCAUUGGUCAGCUGUACCUCGCUGCCGAGGACGACGAUGAAAUGUUUGACGUGGACGCCAUCGUGCGGAGUGUCACGGGAGAGAAGACAGAGUUGAAAAAAGCGUGAAGGGAAGCUACCCAGUCAGUGUUUCUGUGACAAGUGUUCGUUAGAGUUUCCCUAGUGACAGACACUUUCCUUGCCAACCUGUUGAUUGAGAAUUUAGUCUGCAAGCCUAGUGGGCAACAGGUGACAUUUACUAUCACCUGUGAUCUGUAGAAACAGAGGAUCUGCUCUGUCAUUGUGCUCAUCAGGGAUGCGACAUUUGCCUAAAAUUCUUGCAGCUAAAGGUGGAAAUCCCUUUCAUGGUCAAGAAACCUUUACCGUGAGAGUUAUAACAAGAACUGGAACGAUAACAUAAGUUAUAUUAAUAUAUAAAUGAUAUUGCAAUAUCAAUAAACCGUGAGAGUUAUAAUGUGAGUUAUAAAAGGAACUGGAACGAUAACACAAGUUAUAUUAAUAUAUAAAUAAUAUUGCAAUAUCAAUAAACAUGCUUUCAUCAGUGGGUAUGGAUAGAAAGAGAGAAAGGAAGCAUUGAGAGUCGUGAUCACUACCUUCGGACACAAAAUAACUGUUGAGAAAAGAUUAAAGGCUUUAAGUGAGAAGACUGAUGUGAAGAUGUUCAUGUCCACAGAAUUGAACAGGGACCUCAUAUGCUAUCAUUACAUAUGAGAAAACAAUUGGCAGCUGUGUGCUCCUCUGUGCUUCGAAGAAAUAUUCUUGUCAGUACAAUGUCUCGCAAAGCUCGAUGCUCCUGGUCGUGACAGGCUGUCACCUCUUUAUACAAAUCCAAAUAUUAUCGAAGCAAGUUCUAUAGCUUUUUCCAUGUAAUACAAGUAGCCAGCGUGCAGGGGUCACUGUGUUCACAGUUUCUAGGUUUGCAGGUGUCCAGGUGUGCAUAGUUACCUGGCUCGCAUGGAUUCAGUCCCCUGCUGUAAAUCACUGUGUGCACAGUUCUCUGGUGUGUUGCUGUCACUGUGUGUAAACAAAUCCCUGUGUGUGUGGAUCACUGUGUGAACUGAUACCCGGGUACAUGGGCGACUGAGUGCACAGGGUGCAUGCAUCACCGUCUGCACACUUGCUUGCGUGCAUUGAUUACUGCUUAAAGAGUUUCUUUUGUACGACUUUUAACAGUAAACAGCCACAUUUAGCAGUUGAAUGAUUCGGUUAAUGCUGUGGUUUAGUUUUUUUUUUGUUUUUUCAUCGUCAUACUCGGAGCCCUAGCAGGUGUAUCCUCUGCGCAUUCUUGGUGUGCGUCCGACCGGAACAUUUUUCAACAAAAGGGGAAUAUGAUACAGGACGGGAAACAAGUGUCUUUUUCAGGCUUCAACUGUUUGACUAUAAUACAAAUCCCGUGAAGUUUUCUUGCCCAAACUUUAAUGGUCUAUUGUCCAGAAAGAAAAAAAGGUGUGUGUGUGUGUAUUUUUUUUCCCACAUGUGUGCGGUUUACCGACUCAAAAAUGCAUAUGGACAGCACGGUGUGAUAACUAUAUAAUGUGUUACAAUGUAUCAGUAAAUGAUAACAAAUAUCUCAUGAAAUGCCAGGAUAGCCUCAUGCUGGCUGAUUGAAAUUGCGCAUUUAUAACAAAGUCACUGAUUGUAUAUUUAAACAAGAGAGUACAUUUUCUGUUCAUCGAUGACAGAAUGUCCAUAAACAGUGUUUUCGGUAUACAUGGUUUCAAAAUGUUGUACUUGGGUACCUUGACUACAUCAUAAUUUGUAUUUCAUGAAUAGGGACAUGCUGCUCCGUUGACUUGCCAAAGAGGAGAACUGAGAUUUGAACAGAGGAAUAAUGAGAAGAAAGAAGGAAGAAUUACUUUACAAUGAAUUGUACAGGACCAAAUUCAAAUAUAGAAAUAGAGACUGUAAGACAUUCAGAGACCAAAACAUAUCCACAAACAGACACGAAGGAAAGAACGGAGCAGACAAGAGCAGAUGCGACAUCCCGGGGUCAAGGCGGGUGGAGAAAGGUUGAUUGUAGCGCUGGAUAGCGAGUUGUUUUGAAAGAAAUGUUGGCAGAAGGGAAGACUAUAAAGUACAGCAGUUACUAGUUCCUGACACCGAGGAAUCCUCAGUGAGCACUAAAGUAGUUUACACAACUGGUGGAGCAGGGCGGAGAUGGACACAAAACACUUAACAUGGAGUUCAGUCACGUGGGCUACAGGCGCAGACAACUCACUUGAACUCCAAUGACUUUGUUUAUGAGUGUCUCACAGAGCUGAGAGAGUAUCUGUGUGUUGACAUCCUGACUUUUGUGAAUCACUAACACAAGUUUAUAAUUAUAAAUUAUAAUUAACAAUCAUUUGUAUGCUAUGUUGUUUUGGAUUUAUAUUGAAUGCACUCCAGGCGUGUGUGUGUGAAACAGAGAGAGAGGCAGGCCGUGUGUUUGCGUGGCUUUUGAUGUUUGUAGCGAUGAUGACCUGUUGAUAAUGGACUACUAAACAUCAGCUGAUGGUCUUUAACAAGAGCUGUGAUGAUGUUCUGUGCCUUGUUGGUAAAGGUCUCCAACUGCCCUAAAGUCGGGCUUUAAGUGAUGGCUAGUGUUGUCUUCUAGAAGCAUGCCCCACACUGGGGUCAGUGUGACACAGGAAAACACAUCCACAGAUUUAUUACAGAAAAAUAUAAAUACUUCCUUUUACUACUCAACAAAAGACUGUGUAUUUGUGCCUUAAGGAAAUUAGAUUGUUGAUAACCAUGGUAACAUUAAAUCAGAAUGUACAGACUGCCAUGCUCUAACGUCGGUAGUUUGGCAAAGACUACUCUUUUGCUUCCGACUCUUAAAUAAUGUUUAAUAAAAUACUUCAAAUUUUA